AUGUUAGCUUCAAACAUCCGACAUCCUAAAGAAGUCACUGUCAGAGUGUACAAGGCUGAGAAUCUACGUGUCGCACCACGUUCUGAUCAUAAACAAAAAAAAGUUAGCCAGAAAUGGAAAUGCGUUGUUCUAGGUGGAAAAAAGAAAAUUAGUACAGAGUGUAUCUUUGCACCGGAUGGUAAUCCUGUUUGGAACUUUGAAACUACAUUUAAAAUUGCAACUAGGGGUGAUCCAGUUGUCCUCUUAGUUUCCGAUUCUGAAGAUAAUCAUGUCGGUCAGGUAGUUGUACCCGGAGUUACAAUCCCGCCAAAACCGACAGAUCCUUCUGUUAGUCUUACGGAUAAUUCCCGACUAUGCAUCAUGGAGAUGGAACAAACUAAAAAGACGGAGAUUGGCUUUGGAAGACUUUAUUUCUGGAUUUGGGUGGAAGAGUACCGUAGCGAGGAAUCUAAAAGCAGGAGCACCAUGGGGUCGAUCUUAAGCUUGUCGAGCUUACAUCUUCAUAAAGACAAAGGUUCAACACCAAACUCAUUAAAUUAUAGUGGAAGUGUUAUAAGUUUAUCGUCAAAUAAUGAUGAGCACAAGAAAAAGAAACGGUGGUAUAAGAAAGUAGCCAAUCAUGCAUUACAUGUGCCUGCUCCAAUUCGACAGUCACGUUCACCUUCGAACUCAGUGUUGAAUACAAAGCCGAUGAAUAAUGGUUACAAUCCAUUUGAUUAUUAUCAACAGAAUUUAAAUGAAGAAGAUGGAGUCAUUGAAGAAAAGGAUGGAAGUGUACUUGGAGCUUAUAGUGAAUUAACAGCUAAUUCAUUAUCAUCCUCAUCAGCAUUUGCUACAAAUCAAUUAAAACGCCGAAAUUCAAUGCAUCCAAGUAAAAGAAGUGGAUCAAUUGCUUCAAAUAUUGAUAUUAGUAUGAAAGAUCCAGAUGAACAUUUAAAAAAUAAACCGGAAUUAUUAAGAAUAGCACCAAAAUGUGGUCCAUCUUCAGGUGGUACUGAGUUAACAAUUUAUUGCCGUUUCCUCACGACUGAAAUAAUGAAGCGAUCUACCGUUUUUGUUGGUGACCAUCCAGUUUCUAGAGAUGAUUGGUUUUUGGAUGAGUCAAGUCAAUCUGAUCUAUCGCAGUUACGUAUCCAUAUGCCUUCGCUACAGCCUGGACGUUAUUCUAUUUAUAUUGAUAGUAUGGAAUUUGGACGCGUUCUUUGUAACCAGGAGUUUACCUACCUUCAUUCGGACGUAAAUUUAAUCCAAUCACCUAGAAGUAGCUUAGCUGUUUCAUCAAUGAAUGAACCAACUAACAAAAUUAUUAAUAUUACUCCAAAAACCAAUACAUCUGUUGAGGAGACUGACGGCAGUGUUGUAUUCAGUCGUGUGGGAUCUCAGAGAAGUAAUAUUAUAUUGGUUGAUCGGCGUAGUGGUCGUCGUGAACGUUCAAGACCUGAAGCAUUAGGCAAAUCAGAUUCAUUGAAUAGUUCUAUUUUAGGCGAUUCAUCUAAAAUGGGAGUGACAAAUCAUGAUAAAGUUGAUAUUAUGCAUAAAUACACCAACAGAACAAUCAAUACUCAUGUCAGUGAUUCAAGUAAAGAGUUAUCAAGUCAAGGUAAACCCUAUAAUAAUGUUGAUGAUGAUGAUGUUAAUAAAAAUUUCUAUGAAACUGAUCAUAAGCCUGUUACUGUUGAAAUUUCCACUUAUAUUCUACCUAGUCCAAUACAUUUUAAUCGUGUUGGUUCACAACGUGGUGAAUUGAAGUUAUAUGAUCGACGUAACAGUUAUAAUAGUAAUCGUCAUCAUCCUCGGCGUACUUCAGUGAAAACAACUAGUGAGGAAGAAGUGAAAGAAUUAGGCAGUUCAGUUUAUGUUCAAGAGUCUACUUCACUUUCAUCAGUUAUACUAGAUGAUAGGCGUGAUGAAACUGAAGAUUUUGUCAGUAGUCGUGUAGUAUUAUUGAACAAGUCAGAAAAUAAGAUGGAAAUAAGUGGGAAAAAUUCAUCAGAUUUUCAAGAGGAAAUGUCAUCUUUCAAUCCAAUUUCAGAAUUUUCCAUUGAUAAUGAUACAGUUUCUUCCUCUUCUUCUGAAAUAUCUUCUAAUGAACAAUUUAAUUCAUGUUUGGAUAAUUCAGUCAUAACGAACUCUAAUGUCCUAUCGAAUGCUUCUUUAUCUCGAAUACCGGAAGAGUCAGAAAAUAACACGAAACUCAGUGAUUCACGUGAAGCAACUGAUUUUCAAGUUGCUCAUAAUAAAGACGCUAUCCAGUUCGAAAAAUCGAUUGGAGAAAACCCCUAUCAAAAUUCGAUGGAUAUUGGACCUUCCACUGCAAAACAGAAUUUUCUGCCUACCGGUGAGUCAGAAUUAGUCAGUUCAUUAGGAACUCCACCGAAAAUUAAACAAUCAUAUAAACGAAGUAGUCAAUCUAAUUUACCGAAUCGAACAGUCAACAGUGCUAAAUUCAAUCAAAAUGUUAAUCUUAUACCAACACGUAGAGUUUCAUUAUCUAAUUCACAAAUUCGAUUUAAUGAAGAUACAGAUGCAACGGAUUGUGUAUCCACAUUGUCCGGUGAAACUUCUCAAACAAUGGAGUAUAACGAAUUUAAUAAAACUCAUCAUGGUUCUGAUCGAAGUGCUGCUUCUGGACGAUCUAAAAGUAUUAUGGGUGCUAGUGAAGAAGAAGGUCUAAAACUUGAAAAUGAAGCGUUACGUUCAUUAUUGAACGAUGCUAAUCAUCUCAUUAGUACUAUCAAAUCGCAUACAAUAACAUUAGAAACGGAAUUAAAUGCAAAAGUUAACGAUGUUGAUCGUUUAGCCGAAGAAUUAUGUCGUUUAAAAAAUCGUCUUCUUUUAGAUGGAUUAACUCAAUAUUUGGAAAAAGUAUAA